AUGGGGGACUACAUUAUUGGGUCUUCGCUUGGGCGGAAGAAUAACACUGGACAACAAACUUCAGCACCUCUGCUGGCAGGACAAGCUUCAGUAGCCUCACACUGACAGCAUCAUGGAGGGAGAAGUGGUCCCGGUUGACAGUUACGUGGGGACCUCCUUUGCGGCAGAAACCUAUGCCGCUGAGGCCAUGGCUGCAGACAUGGACCCAUGGAUUGUGUUUGACUCGAGAAGAACUCCACGAUCUGAGUUUGAUGGCUGGCUGGAGAGCAACACACCCUCGCAAGUGUACAGAUACGGUGAUGAGGAAAGCGGCGUUGGCCCUGUGGGGUGGAUCGCUGUGCUAGGCCCAAACCACUGCCCCAGUACUGGAGAUGUUGUGGGUCUUCAGGAGGGCUGGGAGAAACUGUUGGCCAGUGGCCGGCCUGUCACCUUCCAGACAGUGAAGGAGCUUGCCUUGAACCACGGGGUGCUCACUGGCAAAUGGCUCAUGCACUUGGACUCUGGUUUUAAGUUGGACCAUACAUGGGAGUUUGUAGCUAGAGCAGCCCUGGAUGGCAAGAUCUCCCUGGUUAAAGUCAGUCCCUAUGACCAUAAGAGUGAUGGCAAACAGGUCAUUUGUGCCUAUAACCAGAACUUCACUGAUGAGAGCGAGGUAAUAAAGCUGGACUCCAUCAUUCGUUCCACAGGAGUCAAAUGCCCUCUCUCUUACAAGCCAGAUGUGUACACCUACCUGGGAAUCUAUCGCAACAACCGCUGGAAGAUCUGUCCAACCAUAUACGAGAGCAAGUUUGACCUGGAGUGUGUACCGAGGCGUUCCCACAUCAUCAACAAAGUCACCAAUCUUGAAGUAACAUAAGUCCAUCUCAUUAAGAGGAUGGUUGUGCAAGGUGGUUAAAUGAAGAGGCACUUCGUGAUCCCCAUGAGAUGAGUUGGAGAGUACAGCUUUCUUUUUAAUGUUGUUUCAUUUUGAUCUCAAGUUCUUCCUUUUGACAAAACAAAGCACUAAGUCUUGUUUCAGUUUUGUUGAAAAUGCUCAUGCUGUGAUGUCGUCUAAGUGACCCGGGAAUAUUGUCAUGCAUUUGUUUUGUACUGAAAAUGUUAUAUUCAUAAGAAUAUUUGUAUUCUUGAGGUUUUGUUUGUAGCAAACUAACACCCAAAUGAGAGGGUGGCUAAAGAAGUCCUUGCUUUUUUUUACGCUCAUGUUCAGGGGAAACAUUUUGCACCCAGUGAAUCUUUUCUUUUUGACAACAAACACAUCUGUCACUUAUUUUUUGCCAACAGCGUUGCCAAAUAAAGUCUUACUCUGAACACCA